CGAAUUGGUUCGUUGAAAGAUCGAUAAGCGCAUCAGGAAUGGAAUAAAUGUCAUAACUAUACUCUAGUAGACGAAAGUUCCUUGCUUUUACCCAGCGGCCCAUGCAGGCUGAACGUUACAUCGAACCUGCGUUGGUGUGGUCACGAGCUGGGCUGCUGUUACUUGGCCGUCGUCCGUUCCUAACGUGGUGUCAGAAGCUGGCUAACACCGUCACUAUGGCGGAAGGUGACCUCCAUAUCCAAGUGGUUUGCGUCGGAGCGUCGGGACUUCAUCCUUUAGCACCAUUCACUUUCACCAGCCCGGCGGAAUGGCCGACUUGGAUUGCAACGAGGACAGUCAGAACGACUUCAGCCAUCACUGCCAAGCCAUCAGAACUUCAAGGCAAGAGAUGCCGCAAACACGUCACAACAGGCAAACAACCACAAUCGCCGGCAUACUUCAAGUCCUCCGACCCCCUUGAAGUUGGGGGAGGACGUGUGGGUUAAGGACGUCAAUUGCCGAGGCAGUAUCCUCAGCCCCGCUCAGUGACCACAGUCAUAUGUGGUGGAAACGCCCAGGGGAACUCUGCAGUGAAACCGUCAGCAUCUAAUCCCCUUCUCAAAAAAACAGUCAACAGAGGAACUGCCAGCCAGUGAACAAAAUCCAGGACCAAGUUUACAGCAGUCUAGGCCUGGUGAGGGUCAACCAGCAUCAUCGCCAGAGCCUCAGCAAGUAGGGCUUCGGCUGAGACGCACACUUUGCGGUCGUGUGAUUGGACUGCCAAGGCGACUGACUUAUAGAUCUUAAGGGGAGAUGUAGUGGGCAAUACUAAGGUAAUGGUGUUUAUCUUAUUGCUCGCCAGAGGACACCAUCAUUUAUGGAGCGCUUAUAGAAGGAGCGGCGCGUGGAAAUAAAAAGGGCUUUCUUUUUUUGGUUGUGGUCACGAGCUGGGCUGCUGUCACUUGGCUGUCGUCCGUUCCGAGCAGUCGCGACCGAUCCACUGCUACUCGUUGGCCAAGCCGCCGAGGAACUCGAACCCCUCUUUGCGACAAAACUCACGCUGCAGGAAGCUUAGCUCCCGGUAGUAGUCAUUCAUAACCUGCAUCUCGGCAGCGUGACUAGAUUUGUUGAUGCACACGCUAGCACUAACGCUGGUGUUGUUAGUGCCGACGUGCACGAUGGCAACGUCAAAAUCGGCAAGCCUGUCAGACCGCGAAAACAAGUUCUCAAUCCUA